CAGCUCCCAGACUCCUCCUCUGUCUCCCUGUCUCAGCUGAGAGCCGGUCACUCCCCACUGGGCUGCUGCUGUUCUAAUCAUUGUACUGAGCCUGUCUCCGGGAUAACACUGCGCUCCCCGCAUCCCAGCGACCAUGUCUGCAGGAGAAGAAGCGGCACCAGCCCAGCCAGAGCAGCAGCAGCCGCCGGCGGAGGAGCAGCAGCAGAGUCAGGCUGCAGAGCAGAAGAAGGAAGAGUCGCCGGUGCAGGAGGAGCAGAAGCCGGCAGAGGAGGCAGCAGCAGCCGAGGCGGCGGCAGAGCCAGCAGCGCCCCAGCAGCCUGAAGUCACAUACAAGUCCCUGGUCCUCUCAGCGCACGGGGGCUAUGACAAAGUCAAGCUGCAGAUUAAGAAGGGAACCCCCAAGCCCAAAGCUGGGGAGCUGCUCAUACGGGUGAAAGCCUGCGGGUUGAACUUCUCCGACCUGUUUGCCAGACAGGGAGUGUACGACCGCCUGCCGUCCCUGCCAACCACUCUGGGCAUGGAGUGCGCUGGCAUCGUGGAGGAGCUGGGAGAGGGGGUGACCGACAGGCAGGUUGGAGAUAAUGUGUUGGUGUUCAGCCGGUUUGGUUUAUGGCAAGAAUUGGUCACUGUACAAGUCAACCACACAUUUAUAAUGCCGGAAGGCAUGAGCUUCCAGGAAGGUGCGGCCUUGCUGGUAAACUACAUCACUGCCUACAUGAUACUGUUCAACUUUGGCAAUCUUAGACCGAAACAGAGUGUCCUCAUCCACAUGGCAGCAGGUGGUGUUGGCACUGCAGCAGUACAGCUAUGUAAAACAGUGGAAGAUGUCACAAUAUUUGGAACUGCAUCUGCAUCUAAGCAUGAAGCACUUAAGGAGCAUGGAGUUACUCAUCCAAUUGAUUACAAGACAAGUGACUAUGUUGAUGAACUUCGGAAAAUCUCACCAAAAGGCGUAGACAUUGUCUUGGACCCCUUGGGAGGAUCCGAUACUUGUAAAGCAUACAACCUAUUGAAACCUAUGGGAAAGCUGGUCAUUUAUGGGGCUGCUAACCUGUUGACCGGACAAAAGAAGAACCUCAUGGCUCUUGCCAAAUCCUGGUGGAAUCAGUUCAGCAUAAAUGCCAUGCAGCUUAUUCCUUCAAACAAGGCCGUGUGUGGCUUCUACCUAGCCAACUUGGAUAAUGAAACUGAGAUGAUUACGGAUGUUGUGAAUAUUCUGUUUGAUCUCUACAAACAGGGAAAGAUUAAACCCAGAAUUGAUAGUGUGUACCCCUUUGAGCAGGUUGGUGAUGCCAUGAGGCAGAUGCAGGAAAAGAAAAAUGUUGGUAAAGUGAUCUUGGUCCCUGAAGUGCCAAAGGAAGAAGAGAAAAAGGAAGAGAACUAAAGUGAUGUUGUGCAGAAGGGAACACAGUAUCCUGCAGAUUGUGAAAACUGUCCUACUAAUGUGUGUGUUUGGGGGAGUGACUGAGCCCUGUUGAUUGUGUAUAACUGUUACUCUUGCUUGCCAGGAGGGCUGUACUAGCACUUGGCGAGUGGGUUACACUUUAAUAGCAACAGUAUGUGCUGGGAAGUGAUAAAUCUUGCUUAAAAUCUGUAAACUGCACAAGAUUUAGCAAAGAAUCCUGAGCCAAGCUGCAGGGAAUUGGUUUUUGAUUUGAUCUGUUGCAGUUUUGAUUUUCUGAAAAUGAUUUUCAUUGUCCUCUUGGGUCUUUUAUACAAUAACAUUCCAGGUAUUGGUUGCAGUCUUGCUGAGAGCGGCAAAGUUUUCUAUCCUGUCUUUCCACCAUCAGACAAUUUUGUAAGACACUCAAUACUGUAAACUCUUUGUAAAAACUGUGGUUGCUGAUAUCUUGUUUCAUUAAAUAAACGUACUCCUCUGACUCUGCCAGUAGUGUUGUUACAAUCUGGACACUAUAUCUGUGGGAUAUAUAAUAUCCUAUGACCUUGCAGGCAACCACUUAACACAUUGGUCUCUUUGAGGAAAUUGAUCUUAAGCUUUAAAUAUCAAGUGUCAAAACAACCAAUGCAAACUUUAAGCAGAAGUUUUAAAAUGAACAAAUUAGAUCCAUAUUGUGUAAUGAAGGCUAGCAUUAAUGGUGGUUCAGCAACACUAGAUAUUAACAUGGCCCUAUAACAGUUUGCCAAAGUGACAUAUGGUAAUGGAGUACUGGCCUUUUUUAAAGUGAACAGUCGUCUGAAGAUGUGAAGCCAGUGCAGGUGACCUUCCAUUGUAUAGUCUAUGGCAGUUUCCCAAACGCCGCCAUUAGUCAGGUUUUUAGGAUAUCCAUUCUUAAGCAAAGGUGACAUCAUUUAGUACCUCAUUCAGUUUGAUACAUCUGUGCAUAAGCAUGGAUAUCCUUGAAACGUAGACUGUAAUGGUGGAGUCUGUGAAACUCUGGUCUAUGGGAAGAUUAUUCUUGGCAGGAAUUGGACCAUGUUAAUUUCUUCAAAUUUCCAAGGUGUGUAUUUGCCCAGCAUUUCUGUACCAUGUAAUAAAUGUGCCAAUGUAACUGGUCCAUGGUGAAAUCGUGAUAAGGAGCUCAAAUAUCCAACUGUUGUAUAUGAAAUCGUAGAUAUACUUUUUAGGUUCUUUGGCAGUUAGGCAGGCUUUAAAAGUUAGGAAUUGUUGCAGGAAAUUAACUUGGAAUUCAUAACCUUUGAGUCUUCCAUGAUGUAGGCAGAGCCUCGUGGGAGAAAUGGUUUAGGAACGGCUGUGGGACCAGCUGGUCUUUGUACCAAGGAAACUGGGAAUUGUGCAGAAAAGUUACUUAAAACCGACCUAACUUUAACGUAUUGUUCUUGGUGUAUCUCAGCUUGACCACUGUGCUGCAUUAACCUUCUAGCUGUACCGUAAAACUAUUUUAUUGUUCAACAAACUAUCCAUAUAGCUCAAUGUAACUUGUAACUAGUUAAGUGCAUUUGAAGGUUAGCAUCACAUGAUUACAUUAAGGCUGCCCAAAAUAUGGAAAGCUCUAGUAUCUGAGCAAGUCUGUCAAUACAUUGGAUGUGAAGCUUUAGAUAUUUAUGAGCUGUUUUGCUGCCUUCUGGCUUAUUUCAUAUAAACUUAGUCUCUUGGUUUUUCAUCCAGAAAGUCUACUCGAGCUGUUGUAGUUUAUACGCUUUGUAUUUAAACAAUAAUUCCCUCAUACUCACUGGUUGCCUUAUUUCCAAGUGCAUUCAUUAACACGUGUUUUCAUAGGACAGAUUAUAGCUGGACCACUGCCAGUUGUUUACCAACAUACCAAUGUGCCAACCCACUCUUCAGUGCCAACACAAGUAACUGCUUGUCUAAACUUAAUAUAGGUUUUGUUUUUUCUAAUUUGUGACCAUUAAGUCUCUUGAACCCUUACUAGUUCUGCACUGCAGAUGACAAAACCAGUUACCCCAGAAUCUUUCUAAGGGCUACAUUUCUGCAGCUUUAUGCCAAAAAAGGCUUCAGACUUCAUAGAAUGGUGGCUCCAUACUACUUUAGUAUAUAGAUCAGUAGAGUAAAUCUUUAACUUGCUGCAUUGCAAUGAAGUUUCACUUGACCUAGGCCAAAUCUGUUUAAGCACAAACAUGUCUAACGGACAUCUGCUUUCAUGGUCAGUGAUCCAUAGCAGGAGUGUUGGGUUAAGACCAGUGCCCCAGUCUUGCUGGUGUUUACAAAAUGUUAACUUUUUUUUGGGGGGGUGUAAUUCUCUACUGAAGAUGAAAAAAGCUUGGUUAUAGAAUGUUUUCUACACUAGUCAGCUUGUAUUCAAUUGCUGAACAUUUUGUCUUGUAUUUUUGUCAGUCAUGGAAUGGCAGGGAGUGUACCGUAGAUCAAAGCACAACGGGUAAAUGUAUUUUUGUUCUAAACUUGCUAUAGUUCAGGAAUUGUUGGUGAUACUAGCUUGUCUUUGAUCUUAAGACAAUCAUGGUUCCCCAAAAUAUUUUAAGGUUGGACUCGAGAAUCCUUCAGCCAGUUUUGAAAUGUCUUUAUCAUAGUAGAUGGUAUGCCAUAUUUUAACAAACCCAUUUUGACACCUGAGUUUUAGGCAUGAAAAAUGGCUUACUGGUUCACUGAUCCACCUGAGAACUGGCACCUGUUUCUUUCAUACAAUGUUAUGUUGGGAACCCCCCUCCUGUUCUCUACCAAGGUAGUAUAGUGUACUAGAUAAAGUUAAAUGUGUGGGUGUUGUAGACUAGUCCUAAAGUGCUACUGUACUGAGAUCUUAGUGUUGAGACCAUGGCAUAAGCACUGUAGCUUGCUCUGGACCAGGUCUGUUCUUUGUAUAGUUGAUGGCUUUGUUUGGUGAUAAACAGAUUUCCUAAAUAUGAAGGUUUUUAAAAUGCUCAGAAGAAGCUUUAGUGCAUUCAUCCACAGAACUUAACAUAUCUGGCAUAAACAGAAGUGGACAUUAAACGAUUAUGCCCUUCUGAAGGUAGAGGAAUUCCCAUUGGAAAUUGGAGGAGUAACUUAGUGGACAAAAUUAGCCUCCUGGUUAAUGGUAUAGGUCAUAGCCUCUACACCGAUAUUCUAUUUGGAUUUUUUUUUUUCAUAAAUGAACAGCAGUUAAGUCACCACCAGUGCUCCAGAUGUGGGCCUGCAGCGCUGUCCAAAAUUUAAAUGGAGUCACACCAACUGCCACCUCAAACACUGCCAAACAUCGCUGGCUGGGACUCUCUGGCAGUUGGUGCGACUCCCCUAUUUGAUUUUUCAACAGUGCUGCAGCCUCACCUCUAGAGCUGCUACUGGUCACCACCUUUUUAAACCAUUACUGGUGGAGAGCAAGGCCUUCUAGCUGUGCCAGAGCAGUUAUCUAUUGAGAGUAUGGGGUGGGUGGCAAUCUUCUGAAGGUCUUGGCCCCUACCAUUCCACUAGGAAGUGGUGGUCACCAAUAAGGGUAUGUGAACUUCUCAAUAUAAGACUAGGCGCAAUAUGGGCAAAGCAUGCAUUGCAUCUCCCUGGUGACAUACAUUUUUUUUUUUUUUUUUACCUCAGAUGAUAGACUGGUCCUUAAGACUAGAUAAUCCAUUCUUGUUGCUCUUCAGUUGGCAAUCUAUGCUUUACUGUGAUAACAUUAUGCAAUUUGGUAUAGUCUUAACAUUUACAAAUAGAUGGUUUUCUAUUACACUGCAGUCUAUACCUAGCAAAAUCCUGUCUUUAGCCCCCCUUUAUCCUAUAAGCACUGUUUUUUUAUAGUUCCUUCCUUCCAUGAAUGUUAGUAACUUGUAUCCGAAGCAACCAAGAGUUAGAAUAUAUUAGCUAAAACCUUGUAUGGCUUUUUAAUCUGCCAUUGUAUUAUGAACAUUUAUAAUUGGGAAUGGGGAGUUCUUCAAAUGCUAAAUUAAGAGUAGUGUCAGACAGGUUCUUUGUGCUUGGUUUUAAGCAUAAACAAUUGCAGUGACUAACUGCUGACGUACCUGCCCAUAAUGAAUGACUGUAGGAACUGCACCUGCGAAUUAAUCGUAUAAGAACUAGUAAUCUGCAAUAACCCAGGCAGAGAAAUGUAGAGUUUUAAAGGUCUUGGCUUGAGCGCUGGUACAUUUACAUUGCCUUCUAAUUGAUUAAUUUACAGCUGGGUUGCAUAAUGCUUGCAUGUACUGCAUAGUUCAUGGGUUCCAUCUGGCAGGGUCUGUUAAAACACAAACUAAUUCAUGGUGUAAGGUUGGGGUAUUUCAUUUUUGUCCCUCCUUUCAUAUCUGACACACAUUCUAACAAAAGGGUUUUGUAGUCAACUGGAAUCCAUAUGCAUUUCAGUAUGUCGAACAACAAUUUGAUCAGCUGAUCAGGGAACAGUUCCGUGGUAAAGAUUUGAUUGAAACUGAUCUUACACCAGGGGCCCUUCACCUGUUCAUUUACAGUUCCUAGCAGGUCUUGGCAGCCUGACACACAGGUUACCGAAGCCUGUGGCUUUUUUUUUUUUCCCUGUUUUUUUUUUUUUGUUUUGUUUUUUUUUAACUCUAAAUUAGUAUCUGAUAUAAGUAGGCAUUUAAUGUACUUUUAAAACUCCUGCAUACUAAGGGACUGAAACAUAAACAUUUAUGUAACAUCCUAAAUUUUAGAAAGCCCUAAAACCAUUUACCAUUAGAUAAAAAAAAAAACCUGCAUUUGAUGCCCAUUUUAAAACCAGGUGAUAAGAAAAUGCCAUAUUCACAUGAGCUACAUUUUAGUUUCCUCUAUCUCUAUCUAUUCUCUGUAAACAGUCCUAUCUGACUGUUUUAAACCUGCUUUCAUUAUCAAAGGUUUUUGUUAAUAUUUGUCACUGGGGCACCGCUAAGCUGUUCUUACAGUGAACAGUGUAGCUAUUGUGGUUGGGUAGCUAUUAGCUGAGGCAGCUCACCUCCUUUUAAUAGCCCUGUAUAAAUAGCAUUUAGUUGCCAGGACCUGAAGGACCACACAUUGUCAUGGUUGGAAUGGGUUCUGGCCUAAUACUCUCUAACGAUGUGCUCUCAAAAUGAUAAACAUUUGGUUUGCGUGGACUUGGAUUCAUAAGUCUUUGCCAUGUUUACAAGACAUUUUCUUUUCAAAAUUGUAAACUCUUGAAGUAUUUCAAUAAAUAGUAAAUUGGCAAAGAUAUGGACAACUGGCUGCAACACUGACCCAGUAGCCAUAAAGUCCUUGCACCAGUUUGUUAGACAUUUAUUUAGCCCUGCUUUAAAGGCCAUACACCCUGGGCGAUUUUGAGCUGAAAGCAGGUCACUUUUGGUGUGUUGAGCUGCUUUCAGCUCAAAGCCACCCAGUGUGUAUGCCCCGGCGAUGAGCAAUGAUGUGCGUUCCUCAUUCAUCGCUGGCGGUCGCCGUUCAUCUACUGGUAUUACCUGCUGAAAUCGCUGGGCAGCGGGGAAAAGUGCUUGGUGUGUAUGCAUGGAGCGCUUUUCAGCCCAGCGAUGUCUGAUAAUCGUUGUGCAUACAUGCUGGGCAAAAACACCCAGUGUGUAUGGACCUUAAGUUUGCAGCACAUUUAAUAGGAAAAUAAGUGUCUUCACAUCUGUGAAGUUUUCCAAAGACUUUGGUUUUCAUGUGUGGUUAAGACCAGCUUGACUGAUGUAUCUGCUGCAGCUAGUGAGUCAAAUUUAGCGUGAGCUAACUUUAGUUUAACAAUCUAAUUCCCAAUUUUUUAUUUUGAACAAAUGGUAAGCAAAUGCAUUCAUCCCACUUCUGCUGAAAGUACACCGAAAAAUGUGACUGCUUGUCAAUUCCCUGCUUUGUAUGUAAAAGUUGAACAAAAGUUUUGUGCCAAUGCUGUUUACAUGAAGUGUAAUGCUUUUCUGCCUAAUUUUUGCCGUAUGCCUUACAUGUUUCAAAUGUUAAUUAAAAGCAUAACAAAACUCUU